AUGCGCUGGCCUAACGUUCUGUCGGGCGUGCUCGCUCUGCUUCCCUUUUCAGUGGCACAAAGCUGUUGGCGUGACACCACUUGUUCCGGUCCGACCGACACUGCGUUUCCUGGCCCAUGGGAGGAGAACAUCUUCGCACCGUCUUCGCGAACUCUGAAUCCUGAGACGCUCUUUCUCAUCUCGCAGCCAAGCAAGACGGCAGAUUAUGCCCCGUUUGCGCUCCAUGGAAAUGGCUCUCUGGUGGUCUACGACUUUGGGAAAGAGGUUGGCGGCAUUGUCUCUGUGAAUUUCAGCUCCACAGGUAGCGGUGCACUGGGGGUGGCAUUCACCGAGGCGAAGAACUGGAUUGGCGAGUGGUCGGACUCGUCAAACGGCGGCUUCAAAGGCCCUGAUGGCGCUCUCUAUGGCAAUUUCACCGAGGCCGGAAGCCACUACUAUGUGAUGCCGGAUAAGUACUUGCGGGGUGGUUUUCGCUAUCUGACUCUUUUCCUGAUCACUAGCGGCAACGUCUCCGCUCACAUUGAGGAUGUGAGCUUGGAGAUUGGCUUCCAGCCAACCUGGUCCAACUUGAAGGCAUACCAAGGGUACUUUCACUCGGAUGACGACCUGCUGAACAAGAUCUGGUACACCGGUGCCUACACUCUGCAGACGAACGAAGUCCCGAUAGACACAGGGCGCCAGAUCCCAGCGGUUGCCGUAGGCUGGGCAAACAAUGCCACGCUGGGAUACGGCGAUACAAUCAUUGUUGACGGGGCUAAGCGUGAUCGUGCGGUGUGGCCAGGCGACAUGGGCAUCGCCGUCCCUUCGGCAUUUGUGAGUCUGGGGAACUUGGAAAGUGUCAAGAAUGCGCUGCAGAUUAUGUACGAUACACAGAAUAAUUCCACCGGCGCUUUCGACGAGUCCGGACCACCGCUGAGCCAGAAAGACUCGGACACAUACCACAUGUGGACAAUGGUCGGGACAUACAACUACAUGCUCUUCACCAACGACAGCGACUUCCUCGAGACGAACUGGGACGGGUACCAGAGAGCCAUGGACUAUAUCUACGGCAAGGUGACCUACCCCAGCGGCCUGCUGAACGUCACGGGCACGCGCGACUGGGCUCGAUGGCAGCAGGGAUACAACAACUCCGAGGCACAGAUGAUUCUAUACCACACCCUCAAAACCGGCGCCGAGCUCGCCACCUGGGUCGGAGAUUCCAGCGACCUAUCCGACACAUGGACCAGUCGGGCCGCGAAGCUGCGUGAAGCCAUCAACGAAUACUGUUGGGAUGAGGCAUACGGGGCUUUCAAAGACAACGCCACCGACACUACCCUCCACCCCCAAGACGCCAACAGCAUGGCCCUGCUAUUCGGAGUGGUCGACGACGACCGCGCCGCCAGCAUCUCCGAACGGUUGACCGACAACUGGACCCCGAUCGGGGCUGUAGCCCCCGAACUACCGGAGAACAUCUCCCCGUUCAUCUCGUCGUUCGAGAUCCAGGGCCACCUCACAGUGGGGCAACCAGAGCGCGCACUGGAGCUGAUCCGCCGCAGCUGGGGCUGGUACUACAACAACCCGAACGGCACGCAAAGCACCGUCAUCGAGGGAUACCUACAAAACGGCACGUUCGGGUACCGAUGGGAUAGAGGAUACUACGACGACACGGCGUAUGUGUCGCAUUCGCACGGGUGGUCGUCGGGGCCAACAUCCGCAUUGACAAACUACAUUGUGGGGAUCACCGUCACCUCCCCACUGGGAGCGACCUGGCGCAUCGCCCCGCAAUUUGUCGAUCUGCAGUCGGCGGAGGCUGGAUUUACGACGUCUCUCGGAACGUUCCAGGCGGGGUGGUCGCGGACAUCUUCAGGAUACACUCUGGACUUUACCGUCCCACAGGGGACUAAGGGAAACCUCACUCUGCCGUACAUCAGCGCCGCGAAACCGACUAUCCAGAUCGACGGGACGGAGAUCACGCGGGGAGUGCAAUAUGCCAACCAGACGGCGACGGUGGGAGUCAGCGGGGGAGGGACCUACAAGGUAGUGGUGAAUUAG